AGUGCAGCUCAACUUCAUGACUGUACUAAGGUAACUUGUCACGCCAUUUAUAUCGCUGCGUCGAAGCGGAGGACUUCUUUGAUGAAACUUCAAAGGCAUCGCAGUGGCCAUUCGCGUAGCAUACGUUCCUCGAGUUAAGGAGAGAAUGGCCAGUGCUGCACCGCCGGCAUCCGGCUCCGCGGCCUCCGACAGCACAGGCCCCGGCUCCAGCUCUAGCUCUGGCUGCGGCUCCGGUGGCCAGACCUCCGGAGAGAGCAGCGGUCAGGACAGCACAUUCGAAUGUAACAUUUGCCUCGACACGUCUAAGGACGCGGUCAUAAGUUUGUGUGGCCACCUCUUUUGCUGGCCCUGCUUGCAUCAGUGGUUGGAAACGAGGCCAAACAGACAGGUAUGUCCAGUGUGUAAGGCGGGAAUCAGUCGAGACAAAGUGAUCCCGUUAUACGGAAGGGGAAGCACAGGCCAACAGGACCCCAGGGAGAGGACACCUCCCCGACCACAAGGACAGAGACCAGAGCCUGAGAAUCGGGGUGGAUUUCAGGGAUUUGGCUUUGGAGAUGGUGGGUUUCAGAUGUCUUUCGGUAUUGGAGCCUUCCCCUUCGGUAUUUUCGCCACGGCGUUUAACAUUAAUGACGGAAGACCACCGCCAGCUGCCCCUGGGACUCCACAACACAUGGACGAACAGUUUCUGUCACGACUCUUCCUGUUUGUAGCGCUUGUGAUCAUGUUUUGGCUGCUCAUCGCCUAAAACAAGCACAACCUCUCCAUCGAACGAACAUGUGUACAGGCAUCUCUUUGUCUGGUGACGUGACUAAUAAAUAAAUGGACGUCAGCCGCAGAGUUUGCUUAUCUCUAAGUUAAACUUUUGGAGAGCUCACUGUGUAAACCUGUCCAUCUUCGGUAUUGGUCAUACUUUUUUGUGUGCAUUCAGGUCAUUAUAAAAUGGUUUAAGGAGAAAGGUGUGCCAGCCACUCUUGGCUCACAGUUUGUGAUAAAUACUCGAGACAUGUUUCUGUACUACAUGUAUGUUACAACAACAACACAAAUGUAAAAAAUGUAAUUUUAUGAAAUCAUAUAUUGUUCUGUUCUUGUACUGUUUCAAUCCAGGUGUAAUUUUAAUAAAAUCUCAUGUCUUAUUUCUCAAAA